AAAGAGGGUCAUGUAUUUCCCAAUCCAUGUCUUCCUUAUGAAGUUGCAAAGGUGGGGUACGAUACUGAUAGUCUAAAAUAUAAUCAAGGAGGAUAUACUGUUGAUGGAAAUAUUACUGGAAUAAGCCAUUUACAUGUUAGUAGAACAGGAAACCCAACAUUCGGUUCAUUAAAAAAAGGUGAACCAAAAUAUGGUGUAAUUUCACAAUUUCCAUUAACCUCUACCUCAUUAUAUACUAUCCAACUUCGUAAUUACAAAUCUUUACGUUCAUUCGAACAUUUCGAAGUCAGAUACCCCAAAUUUGGAUUAGAAAAAUAUAAUGUCACUGUUGAAUUAACUGCUGCUAGAAGAACCCGUUCAUAUAUUGACGCAAGGCGGAAGGCAUAA